UUGCUCCACGCCGUUAACAUCAAUGUAUUUGUUUUGAUUUGGCUUUCAAGUCCUUGCCUUGCGCCGUUCACUUCACUUUGUUUGUUUUGUUUUGGCUUUUGAGCCGCAAGCUAACGGCACAAAAAUAAUAAAAAAAUGUUUGUUCCUGCUUCUGAUUUCUAAUCGUGGAAACGGCCAAAUCACCAAGGACCGGUGGAUCGCAAGAGAAAACCAUACAGUAAAAGAGGAGCUUGACCACGGGUAUGUGAAAUUUGGCGGUAUCUAUUACGAUGCCGUCAAGACCACCAGAGUUUAGUGCUCGACAAUAUCGAAUGUGCCGAACCGCGGGAGAUUAUGCUGGACGGUUUUCCCUGUGGCAAGUACACAAACCAAUACUUCAUGACGACACUGUUGUACAAAUUUCUGGGCAUGGAUCGAUUCUGUCUCGGUCAGACCGGUACGGCCGUCGAAAAGUUGUUCGCAUUGGGAGGCGUCGGAAUCUGGUGGAUUGUCGAUAUCGUGCUGCUAAUUAUUAACAAUCUGUUGCCCGAGGGUGGAAGCAACUGGAACACAGAGCGGAGGGAGAGUUAUAGUGCGACAAUUAAAUGGAGGGAACAGACUGAUCGACUAUGGGAAUGGAGGAUAUGCUUCCACAAUACCACUCUCGCUACUUAAUCUUGAGUUUGGAACAGAAUGGUUUUGUCAGUGGCAGUAUCGUAAAAUAUUCUGCGCUACAAUAUUUCGGAGCGGAAUAAUUUUUAUAAAAUAUCCAUGUAGUGGAUCAGCCGGUUUUGCCAGAUUACUGCGUGAGAUAGCGAAGGUAAAUAAAAAAAAUUGUGCUAGGUUCUGGACUUCGACAGGACAACGAUGACGUGGUACUGUUCUGCAAAAGUGAUGCAUUACGAAAAAUGGCUCCCAACACGUUCUGGGCAGAUUGUAAAUAGAAGAGGUACGUGCCGAAUCGUGGUAAACUUGUUAUCGGAGUCGCAUCCCAAAAAGCUGGAGAUAUCUUCCAAGUCGGCAUAAGUGCCAGUGAACCGGCCUCUUUAUCAGACAUGGCUUUCGAGGGUGCCACCAAGAAGAGCCGUCCGGAUGGUUACGUAGGAGAUGCCAUAUGUGCGCGACUGAUAAUAGCCAAUCAGGAUUUGGAACCGGAACUGAUUUGUGUUGAUUUCCACGGGAAGAAAGGCAAACUUCACGAGGAAUACAUUUUUGGUUGCAGCAUCAAUUUGGUACGGAAAAUCCUUAAUCCAAGUGUACAUUUCUAGACCUGCUUGCGAAGGAAAUAGCAUUCGAAAUAGCCGCUGGCGAAACAGUAAAGGAAAUUAUUGCGGUGGGAAUGCGAUAUUACCCGUGGAAAUCUAACGAAGAGUUGAAGGAGUUUUGUGAUGAAAUAGUGUAAGAAUUUUAUGAGUAUAUUUUCUCGUUAACCGA